AUGAUGGCCACAACUGCUUAUAUUGAUGAUUCCUGUUCGGAGGUUAUUGAUCCCCCAAAGACUGAGGUACUGGAUGUUGCUGAACUCCCUGGUGACCAUACUCAGCACCCACCCAAACCGAAUGUGGUGGUGUCUAGCAGUGUGCGUGAACUUCUGGAAUGUCCAGUCUGCUUGAGUGCCAUGUAUCCUCCUAUUCAUCAGUGCUCUAAUGGUCAUACCUUGUGUUCCGGAUGCAAACCAAGGGUUCAUAAUCGUUGCCCAACCUGUAGGCAUGAACUUGGUAACAUAAGGUGCCUUGCUCUCGAGAAGGUGGCUGCAUCUCUUGAAGUUCCAUGCAAGUACCAGAGCUUUGGGUGCUCAGGCAUUUAUCCUUACUACAGCAAGCUGAAGCAUGAGUCACAGUGCCAAUUUAGGCCUUAUAGUUGUCCAUAUGCUGGAUCUGAAUGCACAGUUGCUGGUGACAUUCCAUAUUUGGUAAAUCACUUGAAAGAUGACCACAAAGUUGACAUGCACAAUGGCUGUACCUUCAACCAUCGCUAUGUAAAGCCAAACCCUCAUGAAGUUGAGAAUGCCACCUGGAUGCUUACGGUUUUCAGCUGCUUUGGCCAGUACUUCUGCUUACACUUUGAAGCCUUUCAGUUGGGCAUGUCACCUGUCUACAUCGCCUUCCUGAGGUUCAUGGGAGAUGACGCAGAAGCAAAGAACUACAGCUACAGCCUGGAGGUUGGGGGCACUGGGCGCAAGAUGAUCUGGCAAGGGGUGCCCGGAGCAUCAGAGACAGUCACCGGAAGGUCCGGGAUAGCUACGACGGGCUCAUCAUCCAGAGGAACAUGGCCCUGUUCUUCUCGGGCGGUGACAGGAAGGAGCUCAAGCUGCGUGUCACUGGGAGAAUCUGGAAGGAACAAUAAGAUGAUGAUCAGCUAA